GGGGGUCCGCGGCUGCUCCAACUUCGGUGUGCGUUUCGAAGUCCUUCCCCGAGCAGGGGAACGCUGGCGUGUUGAAAUCGAAUACUUUCGUGUAGUACCUGCAGUUCAGUGUUGGAGGCUGGCCACGUUUGGAGCAAAGUGCAGCGGGGUUGGGUUUUUGUUCUUGUUGCUGUUGUCUUUCGUCAAUUCAAAACUGGUUAGCAAAAAAAAAAAUAAAAAAAAAAAUAAUCACGUUCCCUGUUUUGUGAAUAGUAGAGUUAUGCAUGCUGGAAUUGUCAUAUUUCAUGCACCUUUUUCUUUCUGGUGGACCAGAAGUAUACUUUAUGUUAUUGGAAGUGCUUAAAAAUAUAUAUAUAUUUAGUAUGUAAGCACAGCUAUAAAGUGUCUGUAUGCAAUAUAUAAUAUCUUCUUCCAUUUUUAAUGACUUUCAAGGACUAUUUUAAAAAGACUUUAGAAAAAUAUUUUUCAUAUGCAGACAAUUUUUGUCAAAUUUCCCAGUUUUUCUAAGGCUAUAAACGCUCCCAAGGCUCUGGCAAGGAAGAUGUGGUCAGUUGCUGUUGCUUUUUUUUUUUUUUUUUAAUUACUUGUGUUCCCCAGACCAGAAUGUGGCAUGGAAACGUGGUGGUUUGGUCAGACUUUUAUCAGCCCUCUGGUAAAUUUACUGAAUCUCACCUGGUCAGUCACUUGGGAACCAAAGUAAUGUUUCUAGGUGCACAUCUGCACUGUAGCUCCAGAAUGGAGGGAUUUGAAGACCUGGAAGCUUCAGCUCUGUCUAGAGCUGAUCUGUCACUUCAGAGUUUUCAUGUUGUCCAGACUGGGAAAUCCUGGGAGAAGCUAAUCUUAGAAAACUUAGCUGAGAUUUGUUACCAGCCAUGAGCUACCAACCUCAGUGACUUUUGGAUGACCUUACCCUUGCAUCAGGAGAAUCAGAUUUUCAGAGCUCUCUUCUGUAUUGCGUUUUAAUUUGUUAUGUUUAAUAAAUAUCAGAACAAAUAAAUGACAGUAUUUGCUGGUUCUUACUAAAAACAUCUGGUUUAUCUGAACGUACUUUCUUAACAUUGCAUAUUUCUCUUUUGGAAUCAGUAAAACUGGAAAAAACAGCUCAUAGGGUGGGGUAUUGAAAUUUGAGUUAUCGUGUGACCAAAACGAUCUAGAGUAAUUAAACCCAUUUUUUUCAUCUGACUAAAGAAACAUCCUUAUUUUGGGAAACGUAAUAGGGGAGAAAAAGUUUUGUUGUCAUCUGUCCAUCUGUAUGCUUUCUUUCUUCAUAUAGUGGAAAGGACAAGCAGAAGGUUUGCCUGCAGGGUAACUUAAGGGUAUAAAAAGCAGCAGUGAGGGAGGAAAAAAAAACCAAAACACAUCACUGUCAAGUAUGAGCUUGCAUGGGAGAGGUUAUCCUUGAGGCGGGCUUGCUAUUAAUUUUGGCGAACAGUUUAGAAAACACUUCAGCUUUUUUUUAUGGAUCCUUUUUUUUCAUGGAGGUAUUAGUUGUUUAGGAAAAACAGCUGGAGAGAUUGUACUACCAUGAUGAGUUUCAUGCUAUUUAUCCCCAUAUAAGAAACAAAUUAAUCUGGAACAGAAAUGGCCAGAGAGGGAUAAAUAGUCUUACAUUGAUUUUUGUGCUUUUAAGUCCAUAUAACAGCUUGCAAACUCAAAAUAAAAUAACUGUGUAAAAUGUUUUUGGAGAAGGGGACUGGAUGUUACAGAAAUAUAGGUUCUACCCUUUGAUGGUAAAGUUUCAUAUUUUUCUGAUACGUAAUGAAGGAAACUGUAGUAUCUAUAAUUAUAAAAGGAGAAACCAAAAGACAUCAGUUGACUUCUGAGCUUUUGGUCUGGCCUGAAGGUAACAAUGAUUUGGAAAAAUACGUAUGGUAGUGAAGAGUACAUUGACAGAGUUAACUGAAGAUCAUGACUUCUUUCAGUGGAAAAUUUGCCAAAGGACUUUCCAGCAUGGAGUGACUAAAAAAAAAAAAAAAAAUUAUUUAAAAAAUGUGCAGUGUAAUGCACCAAGUAAACAAUUUCUGAGUUCUUUUUUACCACUCAGGAACUGGAUUUAGGGAUGAUAAUAAUUCUGUAGCCAAGUUGCAUGUAUUACCUGUGGACUGAAUUGAUAGAAAGGAGAAAUUUUUGGAAAAGGGAUAGGGAGCAAAAUCUAAAAAAAAAAAAAAGGCAAAACAAAACAAAAAAAAACACAAAACCCAAACAAGCUAUUUUAUGUCCAGGAUGCAUGUUGAAAGUCACCCCGUAUUCAGGUGCGUUCCCUUAAUCUCCAAAAGGAAGGAUGUAGUAUAGCUGAAACAGUACAGAAAAGAAACACCUCAAAAAUGUUUAAAUGUAUCCAGUGAUAGUGAUACAGUAUACAGAUGAGAAAUUUCUCUAAAGGAAAACUGAGAGCACCUGAUAGAAGCAAUUAAAUUAUUAGUGAAGUAGAAAAUGUAAAUAAUAAAUGUAAACAAAUGCUUGAUUACUCUCUUUUCUAUUUUGAGAACUAGGGGCAUCAAAUUAAACUAGCAGGUGAGUUUCUAAACAGAAGGUGUUUUGGUUUUUUUUUCCAUAUUGUACUAAGAAAUGACCUUUUUUGUUUCAGGGAAGUCUCUGAUCCAUAAAUAGCUGAAGAUGCCGAACUAUUUCUGGCCUCAAAUCUUGCUGUGUACUAUUGGUCUUGUUUUGAACUUAAUCCUGGAAUUCUACAUGAAGUGUCACGCAGCUGUGACAUUGUACUAACAGGCUGCCAGCAGCUAAUUUACAGGCUUUCUGGUUGAGUUGCGGCCAAAAUCCUUCUGUUUGGAUUCUGAACUAUGACAUCAUGGCAAGAUUUCGCAGAAGAACAUGCAUCAUUUUGCUGCUUUUUAUUUUAUUUGUUUGCUCCAUAAUGAUGGCUUUGAAGACUCUGAGACCUGACAGAGCUGGUUUUGGGGAUCCAUUUGGACUUGGUUUGUUGCCUGAGCUUCAACAACGGACAGUGCUUUUGGACAAUAAACAAAAUUCACUAAACAGAGUUCAAGGAGAUACUGUAACACGUGUCAGUAAUUUGCAUAGUAUCACAGUCAAUACUAUGAAAGCAUCUAUGCCUCCUGUAAACAAGCUGGAAGAAGAGCUGUCUUCUCCUAAUUAUAACUUUCACAUAUUCUACUAUAGUUGGUUUGGGAAUCCACAGUUUGAUGGUAAAUAUAUUCACUGGAACCAUCCGUUGUUGCCACAUUGGGAUCCCAAAAUUGCAAACAAUUAUCCAAAGGGAAGGCAUAAUCCUCCUGAGGACAUUGGGGCCAAUUUUUAUCCCGAGCUUGGAUCUUACAGUUCCAAAGACCCUUCUGUCAUAGAAGCCCACAUGAAACAAAUGCGUUCAGCUUCAACUGGUGUAAUAGUGCUUUCAUGGUACCCACCAGGUAUGGCUGAUGAAAAUGGAGAACCAACUGAUGAUUUGGUGCCUGUUAUUUUGGAUUAUGCACACAAAUAUAGUCUAAAGGUCACUUUUCAUAUUGAACCUUACAAAGAUAGAGAUGACCGCAGUAUGUACCACAAUGUCAAAUACAUCAUUGACAAAUAUGGAGGCCAUCCAGCCUUUUAUAGGCAUAAGACCAGCACAGGCAGAUUUCUUCCCAUGUUUUAUGUUUACGAUUCUUACGUAACAAUUCCUGAAAUAUGGGCAAAUCUGUUAACUGUUUCUGGAUCCCAGAGUAUUCGAAAUACUCCAUAUGAUGCGCUAUUCAUUGCACUUCUUGUAGAAGAAAGACACAAGCAUGACAUUCACAGAAGUGGCUUUGAUGGAAUGUACACGUACUUUGCCACCAAUGGCUUCUCCUAUGGCUCAUCUCAUCAUAACUGGGCAAGUUUAAAAGCCUUUUGUGAUAGUAACAACUUAAUGUUUAUUCCAAGUGUGGGGCCGGGGUAUAUUGAUACCAGUAUCCGACCGUGGAACAACCACAACACCCGUAAUCGUGUCAAUGGGAAGUACUAUGAGACUGCUUUCAGUGCAGCCCUUUUGGUGCGACCAGAAAUUAUUUCUAUUACAUCUUUCAAUGAAUGGCAUGAGGGAACUCAGAUUGAAAAAGCUGUCCCCAAACGGACUGGACAAGUGGUUUACCUUGAUUAUAAGCCCCAUAAACCAAAUGUUUACCUAGAGCUUACUCAGAAGUGGUCUGAGAAGUACAGAAAAGAACAAGAGCAGUGGCUUAUGUGAGCUGUUGCUGCUGCAGUCGUUUCCUAAUGCAUUGCCUACAUUGAGAAAGAAACUGAGAGCUGAAGUAUUUGUUAUUAAAUGUCUUUAUUGUAGAUGUGUUCAAAUUAUUAGAUCUCUUGAAUGUAUAUGCACUACUACUGAAUUUGAAUUUUGAAGAGUAAAAAGAUGCUGAGAAUAUUGGCAUUUCUGUCUCACUGGAUAUUGUAGUUCAAGAAUAUUCAGGGAAAAUGCUGGGGUUUUGUUUGUCCUUUUUUUUUUUUUUUUUAAUUUUUUUAUUAAUCUUCAUAACUUGCAUGCUGAGCUUCCAGAACAUCUGCAUGGGAUAACUCUACAUGACCAAAUUAGAGCAAAAAUUUGACAUAGUUAUACUUACUUCCUUUAUUCUUGUAGUUGCGUUUCUAAUCAAAGUGAUGCUGUAAUCUAAAUUUUCAUCCUGAUAGUUUCUUGCAGGAUGCAUGUCUGUAGUGUGUGGAAUAAUCUACAUCUACUGUUUUUAAUGCUUUGCAUACAGGGAGUUAUUGACAUAUGACUAGCUUGUGGUAACAACAUUGAUGAGGUUUGUGUGAUGCAAUGCUAGUGGUUUUUCUUAAAACAAACAAACAAAAAACAAAGUAUUUGAAAGAUUGAGUUACAAAGAACUGCUGAAAGAUUUCUUGUUUACUUCCAUUUGUUCUGUUUGGUACCUGGUGCAGACUUUGCCAGAUUACUGGAUACUGACCAAUAACGUAGUUUUUUCUAUGUUACUUUGAAUUUAAAAAAAAAUAUAUAUAUAUAUUUGAAACUGAGAGUGGAAAAGAUUUUUUUGAGGGAGAAAAAAACCCCUAAACACGUAAAAAAUAUACUAAAACUUCCACUGUUGUAUUUUGUCUGCAAAUUAACUGCAGACAUAGAUCCAGUGUGUUUUUUAAAAUGUUUAAGAGAUUCUAUAGCUAAUGUCUUACUAGUCCUACAAUAAAAAUAAUUUUAGGGAAUGCUUUUUUGUUUCAGAUUUAGAAGCAUUCUGGAUUGGUAGCAAUAACAGCAACUACCCAUUAGUUUAAUUUGAAAUCUGAGAUUUCUAUUUUUCAUAUAGUUCAUCUAGUUGUUCCAGGAUUCAGAAGAGUAGAUACUAAAAUCUUGUUAAUGUUCGGAUAAGCUCCCUACCAAUACUGCCUUUAGUACUGUGGUGUGGCUGGAAAUGUGUACUUUCAGACCUAAGAAUCUCACCUUUCCAAUGUUGUGAUUAUUAACUGUUUUUCUUAAUGAAGAUUGAAAGGAUCAAGUCAUAUGGAUGUUGUCUCCUCAGCAGUCCUUUUUUUUGGCAUUUUCAUAGAACUUCAUAGGGAAGUACUGAACUUUGGAAUAGUAGAAAUUGCAGUGUUUUGUUUAUUUGCAACAAGUGUUUAAUCUGUACCAAAAUGGCUUUUUUUUUAGUUAGUUGGUUUUUGUUUUUUGUUUUGUUUUGUGUUUUUUUUUUUAUUAUUAUUUUUUUUUUUAUUUAUUUUAUUUUUGCUUUUUUAAAUUUAUAUACAAGGUGCUGAUCCUGUGUUUUAGUUCAUAUGCUGGAACUGUUGUGACCACUAGAAUUCCAUUGAUUUCAGCAGGACCCAUGGAAAUUAUACUUUUUACUCAGUUCUUACAGUAACCUGUCCAUGAAGUUGUAAGGCGAAUGUGAGGACUUCUAGUUAAAAAAGAAAACAAGCCAAAAUAGUCUGUUUUUUUCUAGAAACCUUUGCCUAAGCCAGUUACUACCAAUAUUUUCUAGAGUCCUUCUGGUAUGAAAAAGGUUUGUUUAUGUAUCUUUCACUUAUUUACAGUUUAAUUCUCUUGUCAUUUCUCUGCAGUUGUUAAAGAGAUGAGAUGUCAUAUAAUGGCCUCAGCUGCUUGAAAAAAAUUCAGAAAUUGGGUGACAUAUAUAACCUGGUGUGUUGAGGUGCACCUCUAGAAUUACCGGAGUCUUAUUAAUAUCUCUUCUUAAUUUUUUGCAUUUUCCUACUGCAAACUUCAAAGUGCUCCUGAAAGAAAUGUUUACUAAUGCUUAUUUUGUUUUAUUUAUGCUCAGGUGAAUAAACUGAAGUAGAUAUAGGUAUGACCACAGUCACAAAAUAGUGUCCGAGACACAUGAAGCACUUGCUAGAGACUUUUACCACUUCCAAGUUAACCACUCACUUCACUUAUUAAGAAAACUGAUUUAUAUGUUUUUACCAUAAAUCCCCUAAAUAACUAUAAAUAAUCUGUUUUUAUAAUUUGUUAUAUGCUUAUGUGUUUACAGCCCAAAGAGCCCAUAUAUUUAUCUGAAAUGAGGUAAUUAUUACAUGUUUGAAUAUCAAUAUUGCAUGUAUUAGUAAAAAAAUCUUCUAAAAUCAAACCUUUUGAAAGAAGUCUCUUUGUUUUCCACCUGUCUUGUCAUCCACUGGUCUUUUCUCACUGUCGUUGUCUGAGUACUUUACUAGUCUUGACGACCUUGCACUCAGCUUUCAGCUCCUUACUUUCUCCCAGCAGAAAUUUAUUUUCUCCAUGACUAUAAAAGUUGCUCCUUCUGUUGGUGUUUAUAGAAACAUUUAAAGUUUGUUGUGUUGUACCACUGAGGUGAUCUAUCUUGUUUACAAUAUAAUUUAUGGUAACAGUGUAAUGUAUCUUCAUUACUCUGAAAGACUUCUGUAAUUGCUGUAAAGGUAUCAUUUAGCCCUUGCCAUGAAGUGGUAUGGGCCAUGACACACUGGUGUCUAAUGGGAUCUUUAGAAGAAUUUACAGAACUUCUGUAGUAAAGAAUGAAGAUUAAAUGCCUCGAAAUUCAUCACCCGUGAGCACUUACUGUAUUACAUGCUUGAUGUGUUUUAAAAUAUAAAUAUGCAACCUGAUAAAAUAUUUCAGAGUUCAGAAUUUAAUUUGAUGAUCCUUAGAAGAGCUGAUGGAAUAGCAGCUGCUAGAACCACCCCACCUGCCUGCCCAGUAGUUUCUCUGUACUUGGAGCAAGUAUUAGUGCUACUUCUUGUUAUAGAGGAUGGAGAGCUUUGCAGAUGACCUGCUGCUGCAGUCAUGAUAGUUUUUGGAAAUUUGAGUAAAAAAAUAGAUCUGUGGGAGAGGAUUUGUACAAAUGUAAAGGAAUAAGAUUGUUACAAGUGCAUAGAUAUUGGGGUGAGGGAGGGGAAAGGUAAAUGUAUUUAGAAAGUGAUUGCUCCAAACUUUACAGUUACAGUAAAAAAAAAAAAAAAAAAGACUCCAAUAUGCAACCAAAAUUAGGGUGGAGGGAAGAAUAUUUAUUAUGAGUUUCAGAUCUGAAAUGGAAGUUAAGGAAUUUCACUUCAGCUUUAAGCCCCUAUUUCUUGAGUAAUUGAAAAAAGUAUUAUAAUGAUUACUUUUAAUAUUUUUAUACUGAUUAAUUACAUUUGACUCAUCUUGUUAUAGUAUGUUAUAGUACUUAGAAUGAUACACUACAUUUAAAUAGAUUAGGCAAGAAGCACUAUGGGAAGUUCUAGUAGAGAUCCAUGCCAUGCUAUGCCUCUGCAAAUAUAGAAAUACCUGAAGUUGUCGAUCACAUACUACUGACUGAGUAUCCCCAGAGGGGAAAUGGUUUCUGAAACAAGUAGCAAGUCUUUGUGGUAAAAGAAAACUUCUUUUUAAAAGAAAAUCUAUAGCUUUGUUUCUGCCUCUGUCAGUUGUGAUCAAGUAAAUUGUUUUAGUUCUAUGAGCUGUUUCAGAACUGAAGCUUAGUACAUCAUCUCUGAAAUAAGAAUUUAUAUUAAAUCUUGUAUAGUAGUGCAUGUUUCUCAGAUCUAUAAACUUGUACUGAAUUUUGAGGGAAAGAACACAUGCAUAUGCUGUUACUAUUUCAGUGGCAAGCUGUAGAUGAUUGUGAAUGUAGUUUCUGUACUGCUGUUCAUCGUGUUUGUCUAGUGCCUUUCUUUUGAGGUGCCAGCGAUUUGUCUGCUAAGAUGUUGUUGAAGCAGAUGGAUCUUUAGUGGACUUCUUUUUAUUAUGAAACUUGUUAGGUAUACACACACUGCAGAGUUUGAAUUAACACGUUUUAGUUAUGGCUCUUGGGUUCUUUUGAAAACAUUUCACAAGAGUGUUUUCAGCACUGUGUUGCUAGUAGGAGAAUGUAUCUCUGGGCAUAUGGACAAGGACAUACUGUAAUUUAGGGCACUUUUUUUGUGAAUCUUGUGAACCUAAAAAGAGGAAAUAAAGUAUUUACAGACAAAUUAUUUACCACUUAAUGUAAGCUGAAAAUCUCUCUCCCAGUCUUAGGGAGUUUUACAAGUAUUAGUCCUCCCUCAUCUUUAUACUUGCUUAAGAUAGUGUCAGUAUUUCAUUCCUUUAUCUUUUACUUUUGACCAGCAUGUUAAAUGUUGCAUAAACUUCAAAAGUGGCUGUAUUUCUAAAACUUCAUAGUUGUAAUAGUCAGUAAAGAGAAUAUACAAACUUAUUGGCACUGCAGAAAAGCCUGAUACGAAUUUGAUAUUGUAUAGGUAUGAUUUUGUUGUGAAUGGGUAGUGUAUCUUUGCUAUGUAUGGAACAUGAAUAAAAAAAAAUUCAUUUCUUUUAAUAACCUACCUGGCUGUGGCAGAGAUGCGUUUGCUUACAUGCAUAUAUAAAGCCAAGUGUGUGUUUGUCUAUUUAUAUAUAUUAUAUAUGUGCAUAUAACUUGAAGUAAUUAUUUUUAAAGUAGUAUAUCAUUGUAUUAAAAUUACAGGCUGGAUUCUGCUACUUUUAAGCAAGCAAUGUUUUUAAUUCCCUGUGAUGUUUACAAAAAACCUAGUUGCUUAUGUAUGAAUACUUUCAUGAACAAUAAACAUAUGCCCAAAAAGUGUGAUUCAAA